AUGACGGAAGAACUCACCCGUAUCGACUCCGCCGUUGCCGGUCUCUCGAUAUCCCCCAAGGACGAGAAGACGCAGACCAAGACCAAGACUAAGACCGUAGAAAAGGAAAAGAAGCACAAGCGUGCCGGCUCGACGGUAGAAGGCGUGAGGAACAUCAAAGACCUGGAGAAGGACCAAAUCCCCAUUGAAAUUGCCAUUGAGACGCAAAAGACUGGCUGGAAACUAAACACAUCUCCCUCCACAAUCGAUGACAAGGACAUUCUUAAAGAAUUCCUCGUCACUCCUCCCGUCAAGAAAAUCGACCUCCACUUCCCGCUAGGCCUAGAAGUCACAGCCCGAAAUCUGAAAGGUGUAACCAUCAAAGACGCUCUAGAUGCGAUCCACAAACAAUUCAAGAAGAAGGCCGACGACGAAUUAGGCGAAAACCCCUACCUUGCUGGCUUCGAAUGGGAUCCUGAAGAAUCAUGGACGAGACUGAUCGUCCACCAGAAGAAAGCCGGUGCGCCCGCUACCACAAGCAAGAAGUCCAAGAAAAAGGACAAGGCCGAGGCUGAGCAGUAA